AUGUCGGAAUCACCAAUAAUCGAAACCAUCUCCUCCGUCCCCGGCGGCCACCCCUUCCAAUCCCUCGACAUCCUCCGUCCUGCAUCCUUCGACUCCUCAACCGUCUCCCGCUGGGUCAUCUUCAUCCACGGUGGUGCAUGGCGAGAUCCAAACAACACCAGCAAAGACGGACAUCCACUCCUCACCUCCCUCCUCUCCACCACCACAACCACCACUUCCCCUCCCUUCGGGUGCGCAUCACUAAACUACCGUCUCUCACCCGACGUAACACACCCCGCUCACCUGGAUGACUGUAUCUCCGCUCUCCGCCUGCUACACGAGCAAUAUGGUAUGCAAGAGUAUAUCCUCGUCGGGCACUCCGCCGGUGCGACACUGGCAUUCCAAAUCGCCCACGCCCUUUCACCCUCACAGAAAGGAGACCUCGGAACCCUGAAAUCAUUAAUAUGUACAGAAGGCCUCUACGACCUCGCUGAUCUAUGCACGGAAUACCCUGACUACACCUCCUUUGUCGAAUCCGCAUUCGACUCGGUCCGUGCCGCAUCGGUCGCAAGUCCGGUGAAUCUGUUAGAAGGUGUGGAGAAAGAGGGGGUUGAGGUUGUGUUGGUGCAGAGUAUGGAAGAUGAGUUGUUGAGUCCGUGGCAGACGGGUCUUAUGGAGGAGAGGUUGGAGAGGAGGGGGUGGAGUGUUGAGGUUAGGGGGGCGGCGGGGAAGCAUGAUGAGGUGUUUGUUGGACCUGAAGUAGUUGAAGUCGCUAGAGAGGUGAUCGAGAAGGUGUGGUCGUAA